AUGCCAGGGGAGGCCUACCAGAGUGCAGUGCAGAGGGUAAAGGACCUUCAGGCUCAGGGGUUCAACAUCAAGCCUCCUUCUGAGCAAGAGACUGUAAACUUUAGAGAGAAGGUGUUCAAUCUAUUUAUGGAGAACAUUGUAAAUAAUUUGGAGGGCCGGUUUCUGCCUGUUAUACAGAAGUUUGAGGUUUUUAACACAAGGAAGUUUCCUGAUGACAACAGCACCAGUCAUGGGGAAGAGGACAUCAAGAUGCUGGCUGAGCACUUUGGACUUGUGGUUGACAAGACCCUUCAUGAGUGGCGCCAAGUUAGGGAAUCCAUUGCUGACAGUGGGCUUGCUGCAGACAAGGCCAUGGAGUGGGUUACCAUAAAUUUGAAAGUCAGCCACACCAACCUCUUCAAACUUGCUGCUGUGGGGCUGUUGAUCCCUACAUCAACAUCAGACUGUGAGCGUGGAUUUUCCACCCUCAAGAGGGUUAAAACAACACACAGGGCAUCUUUGAGCCCACCUGUUCUAAAUGCCAUCCUUACUGUUGGGAUGUUAGGACCAGCAAUAGAAAAGGUUGAUAUCAACGCCAUGGUGAAAAUCUGGCACAAGGAGAAACCAAGGCGUAGCCAGCUCUAGACAGUCAUGAAUUAACUGAUAAAACAUUAUUGUUUUAUAUUUUUGUGUGAUAUAUAUUUUUCUGUUAAAGUUAUUUGAAAAGACAAUAAAAUAUGUAAAUACUGAA